AUGGGCUUGUCCAAGACAGAUGACCUGAGGGCAGAACUUCUGAGAGCAGAGCACCGAAAGUCUGAAAUGCACUGGGAUGACAGUGUAGCUGGGUCUAGGAGAGGAGGGGAGAGGGAAGGGAGGCCUAAGUUAUCUCUCCGCCGCUUUUUCUCAGCCAUGGGACUGAACAGUGUGGGUAAGCUGGUGACGGGCAGCCGCUCCAACAGCAUGGAGCAUCUGUGUUCCCCCACUUCCCGCUACAGUUCUACCUCCCCCAGUCCUACACGCAGAGGGCUGUCCCCUCUGCUGAGAACCCCCUCUCUCCAGUCUCUCCACACAGUGUCUCCUUUGACACAGUUACGUAAAGCAUCUUCAGUACAGAGUCUACAGUCCCCAAAGAGGAAGUUUGAACGCUCCACUAUACUAGGAGAGUUACCAUUGCCACUGAGUUUGGGACCCAGGGAACUUCAGAAGGAAGAGAGUGUAGUGGAGGAUUCUCUAGGGACAGGUCCACUAGGGCGGCUGAUACAGGCCUUUCCGGAUGGAACUUUACUUAUAGAGCUCAUCAGACCUGCCAAUGGACCCUUCGGAUUUGUCAUCUCCAGGGGUAAAGGGAGACCAGACUCAGGUAUAUAUGUGGAACGAGUUGGAGACAGUGCCACAGAGAACCUCUACACUGGGCUUCUGGGUGUUGGAGAUGAGAUUUUAGAAGUCAGUGGGGAAAUCAUAGCUGGACUGACCCUAGAUCAGGUUACACGCCUAAUGACCCGUGAUAGCAAAGCUACUAUCCGGAUCCUUCAACAUUCCUGGAUCAAGCAUUGAUACAAAUGGUGCAAACU